CCAGAAAAUCUCCUCCAAAUCGCCAACAAAUCGCCUACAAAUCGCCUUUAAAUCUACACACAAAAUGGCACAAAAAUUGUUGCUCGUCUUUAGCGCUCUGGUGGCCGUGUCCAGCGCUGUGCUGGUGCCCGGUCCUGGCCUGGCAUUGCCCGCUUUGCCCGCAUAUCCUUCGCUCGGACGCCCGAAACUGGCGGCGCCCGUCUAUCCCGGCCUGGCCAAGGUGGCCGUUGCCAAGGUGGCCGCACCCGAGCCAUACGAUCCGAAUCCACAGUACAGCUUCAGCUAUGAUGUGCAUGAUGGCUCGACGGGCGACGUAAAGAACCAGCAGGAGUCGCGCAGCGGCGACGUUGUCCAGGGCUCCUACUCGCUGAUCGAGGCCGACGGCACCCGUCGCAUUGUGGAGUAUACCGCAGAUCCUGUGCACGGUUUCAAUGCCGUCGUCCAUCGCGAGGGCGUCGCUGUCAAGGCUGUCGCUCCAGUUGCCAAGGUUCUGGCACCGGCUCCGCUGCUGCAUGCUCCGGUUGUGGCCAAGCUGCCAGCCUACGGACCAGCCUAUGGCCCAGCUCUGGCACCCGCCUAUCACGCACCAGCCUAUGGCCCAGCUCUGGCUCCGGCUUAUCAUGGUCCGGCUUUGGGUCCCGCCUACUCGCCUCUGGCCUAUCACUAAGUCACGAUUAGAAAACUGAAGACCGCAAUGUUGACGACCUCUUGAUUUCUCCUCCACGUGGUCCGGCGGCGGGCUGCCGUCUGACCUAGCGUCGUAGUCGAUAGUUGUAGUAUUAGUUGAAAUGCAAGCGAUAUAUAUCGCUUCUACAUAUCGUGUACAUACGAAUUCACUCGGGCGGCUUCCCAAUUCCGCCCGCUCUCAUCUACACUCACAUUCGUUGCCUUUCAUGUAUGUUUUUCUUGUCUACCUAAUCUUAAGGCUGUUUCGACCGCGAUAAAAACAGAAAAAAACAAAAAAACAAAACACACAGUUCUAUAAAUCUAACCCGCUUUUAUGCCUUAUUUAACUCAAGUUCAAACAUGCUGAGACGAAAUGCAAUAAAAAUGAGAAGCAAUUGAUUUAAGUUUGUGACCCAGUAAGACUUAGACCAGGCUCAAAAAGAAAAAACUUCGAAGAAGGAAUACAAAUUUCUUGUAACUGUGAAGUGAAACUGAAACCGA